AUGGAUUUCAACCCAGAUGAGCUUCCAUACGUGAAUCCAAACGAGGAGCGCAGAGUCGCUUUGGUCACUGGAGGGAACAGUGGGAUAGGCUGGUUCACAGUACUUCACUUGUAUUUGCAUGGUUACGUUGUUUAUAUUGGCGGUAGAAGCUUUACCAGAGUUAGUAAAUGUAUCAAAGAGAUUGAAGAAGAAGCUAAUAAAAGAAGAAGCGCUGUUAUAGAAGAAGAUUUAAAUCAAAGGUUUCUUGGUGAACUACGGUUUGUGGAAAUUGAUUUACUCAGUUUAAAAUCCGUUGAAGAAGCUGCUAUUGUGAUGAAUGCUACAGAACCAAGAAUUGAUUUAUUGAUAUUAAACGCUGGUGUUAUGGCUCUUCCCUAUGGUCUUACAAAAGAUAAUUUUGAAAUUCAAUUCCAAACAAACUAUAUUUCUCAUUUUCUUUUAACUCAAAGAAUAUUACCGUUAAUACAAGGAAGAAUAAUAUUUGUAUCAUCUGUGGGUCAUCAUUUUGAAGUAACGCCAUUUGAUAGAAGCUGGACUUUUAAUUAUAAACCAAACAUCAUUUUCACUUGGUUUAGAUAUGCAAUGGCUAAAACAUCAGGUAUUCAAUAUAUGAAAUUAUUAUCUUUGAAACAUCCUGAAAUUCAUUCAUAUUCGGUACAUCCAGGAUUUGUUAUGAAUACAAACUUAUUUAGUUAUUGGACUAGAUUACCUAUAUUUGGUGUGUUUUUUUGGUUAUUUUUCCAAGUAUUUGGUUAUUUCUUUGGUUGUUCAAAUGAAGAAGGAAGUUAUGCAACUUUAAAAUGUGCUUUAUCACCUGAAACUUUACUUGAAGAAAAUGGAAGUUAUUUUAAAUUUGGUGGUAAAAUUUCUCAACCAAGUCGUGUUGCUUCAAAUAUAAAUUAUGCUGCUUCAAAUUGGGUUUGGACAGUUAGAGAAUUACGAAAUCGUGGGUUUGAAGAUUUAAGUUAA